GUCUGGAAGAGGAAGGUCUCGAUGUCUACAAAUGCGACAAUUCUGCUGCCUGUCCUGGUGGUAGGCCGGGGAACUGCGCUGGCGCAAGCAAAGGCAUUUCCUGCUUCGAGUGUGCGGACGGCCAGCAAUGGAACGGGGAGGAGUGCCGUCCUUGUCAGGGAUGGGUGCGGCUUGGAUGGAUCGUCGCAAUCGUCGGAGUGUGUGCCUGCUUGCCCUUCGCCCACCGCGCGAAGAUGGAAUACACAUCCCAAACACGAGAGAUCCUUGUGUUCACGUUCUUGACAAUCCUUGAGAUUGGCGGCAACGUCUUGCAAACCCUUGCUAUUACUGGCCAGAUGACUUUGGAAUGGCCCCAACUCUUGGUCAGCAUGUUCUCUCUCCUCCAGGUCUUCGCUUUCGAAGCCGCAGACCUGGGACUUAGCUGUGUGAGCGGAUCGCGGCCCUUGCAGCAGUUCGGAUUUCAGGUUGCCGUGCUCCCUUGCGGACUGCUCUGGCUCCUUCUUGUACACUUUCUCUUCCGCAUGCUUUCCCGUGGCCGAAAGUUGACCGACCUCAUGGCCUCAAUGGGGCAGAUGGUCGUUGUGUGCUUCCAGGCCGUCAGCAACCUCUCUAUGGUUCCUUUCAUGUGCUUCAGACAUCCUACUGGACGUCAUAGCAACCUUCAGAUGCUCAGCAUCCUCUGUGGCAGUGACGACCAUGCAGCCAUGAUGAUCAUGGGAACAUGCCUGGGGGCCCUGCUCUGUGCCUUUUGGGCCAUUUGCGUUUGGAUAUUGUGGCGCCUACCCAGCUGGAGUAUGACUGAGAACUAUCAGCAUCACGUCGCAGCGUCUGAAUUCCUCAUUGACAAGUUCCGUCUGGACUCCUGGUGGUUCGGCCUGCCUCUCCUUCUGCGUGGUCCACUGCUGUCCUUGCCCCUGCUGCUCUUCACCAACAACCCAGCCACGCAAGUAGUAAUGAUGUCGCUGACUCUGAUCGCGUACGUUGUGCUCCUGAGCUUGGCCUGGCCAUUCAAGGUACCGAUCCUCAAUGCAGUGGAUGCGGCAUGUACCUGGGCGCUAAUCCUGCUAAUUCUGGGCGGAUCGCUUCACCUGCCUGCGAUGGAUGAG